AUGGCAGCGACAAUGGCACAAAGCGCCCCGAAUGAGAGGCCCAAGAUUACUAUUCUUAAGCGGCAGCUUGAGGAUGCGUCUGUCUCGCAGAACAAGUUCCUCAAGAAGACCGCACGCGGCAAGGUCCUCCAGUUCCUGCGCGAGAAGUAUGUGCGCGACGACAUUCCUUGUGGCUUCGAGGCGUGCCAUAUCUGCUCCGAGUUCCCCGGAUUCCGGCCCGUUCUCCCGCAGCGCGGGUACACCAAGCACUCCAAGUUCACGUACCCCUCCGGGCACUGGCUCGUGGUCGACACGAAUAUCGUGCUCCACCAGAUGGACCUCCUGACGGCGCUUCCCGCGCAGCUCCCGCUUAUCGUUCCCUCCACGACAAUACGGGAGGUGCGCCAUCGCUCACUGCCCCUGCACAACCGCCUGCAGCAGCUCGUGCAGGACGAGGACCGCUGCGUGUGGGUCUGGUGGAACGAGGAGUGCCGGGAGACCGCAACGGCCGCUGUCGAGGUCGAGGACGAGGUCGUCAACGACCGCAAUGACCGAGCGAUCCGCGAGACACUGCGCUUCUACCCUGAGCACAUUGAGAAGUCAGUCGCCGCUGCACCGCAGCUCAUCCUGCUCACGGACGACAAGCGGAACCGCGAGCUCGCAGCGCAGGAGGGCUUGGUGGCUGUCAGCACACGUGACUACGUCGAUGGGCUGCAGGGUGACGUUCGCGACCGCCUCGUCGACCUCGUUGCGGGUGGCGUGGACGACCUUGAGCCUGGAGAGCGCAGGAGCAGGAGAGUGUACGAUGACUACCUUCCCCAAGAUACGUUGACUGCUGGAGUCAAGAGUGGGCGGUACGUCCAGGGGUACUUCAACGCCAACCAGUACAACUAUCUGGAGGGUACGGUUCGCGUGAUGGGCAUGACCAAGCCGGUGUUGCUUGUGGGACGGAAGGCCAUGAACCGCUCUGUGGACGGCGACCAGGUCAUUGUCGAGCUACUGCCGAAGUCUGAGUGGAAGGCACCCGGAGAUGAAGUUCUGGACCAGGAUGUCGCGCUCAAGCACGAUGAUGCGGAGGGUGACGAGGGCUCUGGGGAAAAGGAGGAGUCGAAGGAGACCAUGGACGUCGACGAGAUCACUAAGAAGGCGCCGAAGGAGAUCCUGCCAACAGGUCGCGUCGUCGGCAUCGCCAAGCGAAACUGGCGGCCAUAUGUCUGCCACAUCGACCGUUCUUCGCUGUCCGAAGCCGCCCUCACGUCGCUCUCGCAGCAGACCGUGUUUGCCUCGCCGUUGUCGCGAGCUUUGCCGCGUAUCCGCUUACGCACGCGUCAGGCACCGGCACUCAUCGACCAGAAGAUCCUCGUCAGCAUUGACAACUGGACAAUCAACUCGCGCUACCCAGAUGGUCACUUCGUCCGUGCGCUCGGCAAGGUUGAGAGCAAGGAGGCCGAGCAGGAAUCGCUCCUCCUCGAGUACGAGGUACCGUACCGGCCGUUCGGCAAGGCUAUCCUCAACUGCUUGCCGAAGGAGGGCGACAGCUGGAAGGUGCCACCCAAGUCGGAGGACUCGUUCGAGUGGCGUGAUCGUGAGGACCUGCGAGACCUCAUCGUGUGCAGUAUCGACCCCCCAGGAUGCCAGGACAUCGACGACGCGCUACACGCACGCAAGCUGCCCAACGGCAACAUCGAGGCGGGUGUGCACAUUGCCGACGUCGGCCACUUCGUGCUCUCGGACAACCCAAUGGACUCGGAGGCCGCGUCGCGUGGCACGACCGUCUACCUCGUCGACAAGCGUAUCGACAUGCUUCCCGAGCUGCUGGGCACCAACCUCUGCUCGUUGCGGCCCUUCGUCGAGCGCCUCGCGUUCUCCGUUAUUUGGGAGCUCACUCCUGCCGGGGACAUCGUUGACGUGCGCUUCGCCAAAUCGGUCAUCGCGUCCAAGGAGGCUUUCACCUACGCCGCUGCCCAGCAGCGCAAGGACGACAAGUCUCUAAACGACCCUCUCACCGUGGCGAUUCGCCUCCUCAACUCGCUUGCAAUCAACCUCAAAGCCAAGCGUGUCGCCGCUGGCGCGCUGUCACUGUCAUCGCCCGAGCUCAAGAUCCACCUGAACUCGUCUGAGACGACUGGCCCAAUUGACGUCGAGCAGAAGGAGCAGCUUGAGACCAACUCACUCGUCGAGGAAUUCAUGCUUCUCGCCAAUAUCAGCGUUGCGCGCAAGAUCCAGGACGCGUACCCUGCGACUGCCGUCCUCCGUCGCCAUCCGCCGCCUCCGAAGACUAACUUCGAGGCGCUGCAGGACAUCCUGCAGAAGCGCAAGGGUAUGACCUUGGAUGUGUCGAGCUCAAAGGCGCUUGCCGACUCCCUCGACCUCUGUGUCGACCCAAACUUGCCGGAGUUCAACACGUUGGUGCGCAUCAUGGCAACGCGCUGCAUGCUCUCGGCCGAGUACUUUGGCUCCGGAAGCGUGUCCAAAGAGUCGUACGGGCACUACGGUCUCGCGAGUGACAUCUACACGCACUUCACCUCCCCCAUUCGUCGCUACGCCGACGUUCUUGCGCACCGCCAGCUUGCCGCCGCGAUCAACUACACGCCGCUGCAUCCGUCGCUCCAGUCGAAGCAGCACGUCGAGCGCCUGCUCAACGUUGUCAACAAGCGGCAUCGUCUUGCGCAAAUGGCGUCGCGCGCAUCCGUCGAGUUCUACGUAGGGUUAGCACUCAAGGGUCGGACCGAAGGCUCGGGAGUCACCUCUGUGCGUGAGGAGGCGUUCGUGAUCCGCACGUUCCGCAACGGACUGGCUGUGUUCGUGUCCAACCUCGGUCUCGAGGGCCUCAUCACCUUCGCCAAGGACACGCAUGAGUUCGACCCCGAGAACUACCUCAUGCACGUGCCGAAGCCGAACGGUGGGACAGCGACGAUCGGCGUGUUCGACAGAGUCACUGUUGACAUCUCGAUCGAGAAGGACGCCAACACACAGCGCGGCAAGGUCAAGAUGACGCUCGUGAACCCGGUGAGCUCCGAAGGGCUGUAG